GUUGUGGUUUUCUGUAGUGGUCUCCGUCUGUUGCAAAGAGAAGUUUCCUUGGUGAGAGGUAAAGACUACACUAUCUACAGAGUAAGGAUACAUAUUUAGAAUGUACUUAGGUAUUAUGCUGGUUUAGUAAAGUGGUGGUUGUGGAUCCUCCUUCUCUAGCACUGAGUAGGUGGCACCAGUAUCAGGCAUCAUUUCCCUCUUGUUGAGUUGGUCUUAAGUCCAAUUAGGGAGAUGCUGGUUACUACCAAGGUAUGCAUGCCACUACUGCAUCCUUAGAGUUAUCCUGUUAGGUUUAUCAACACAUUUUAAUUAAGGUCAUAUGUACCAUAUGCUUAGUAUUUCCCUGGGUCUCAACAGCAUGUAUUCUGGGUCAAGAGUUGGGUAGUGAAUAAUAGGAGUCUAUGUGUCACCAGUAAAUAGAUUAGGGCCACCAGGGAAGUCAAAGAAGAUGGAAGAGAAAGCUCUUAGCUGUGUGACCAUGGAUGAGAUACUUUUACCAUCUUGGGGACCAGAAACUCUAACCUUCUUCAUUGGUUCCAGCAGCAUUUACUUGAGUAAAGUUUACCCUGUGCUAUAUGUUAGGGACACGGAGAUGGGAGACAGUCUGGCCCUGCCCUUGUUCUGAUGCCAUGUGUUACCUUGAGACUCUCCUAAAUUUCCUCCAUAUCCCCAUCUAAAAGUGGAGAGGAGCAGAGACCUGAUCAGUAAGAGCCACAGAGCUCUUGGACUCUUGGGGUGGUGGGUCUUGUCUGUCAUGGGCUCCCCAGGCCCCUUCAUAUCUGCUUUCCCCAGGAGAGCCAGGCUUUCCUCCCUUCCCCCUCUCCUCCCCUGAAAAAUUCUCAAUAGACACGGCCCUCUAUGUGGCCAGGAAGCCCCAGGAAGCAGCUUGAGCCCAGCUUUCUCGGGAGGAAGAAAAGAAAAGAACGGGCUUCUAGGUACAUUCGACAAUGAAAGUGACUUAGCAGAAAGUGUCCUAAGCUCGCCUCUGAGGGGUCACAUUAAUUAGUCAGAUCAGCAGUGAGAGCUUGCAUGCUGCCCUCAGUGGGCCAGACAUCAGUAUUCUCUCACACUUGUAGGACAUUGGAUCUCAUUCUUGUUGGAGUUUUGCAGCCAUGCUUUUAGUUACACUCAGCGGGAAGUUUUGGACUGUCUUCUGUAUUCAAGGCCUUAUGCAGGGGAUAUUGAUCUUUUUCAAAUUCAAGUGUAUGGACAUUUUUGAGAUUUUUCUAACUGUCUCUUCUAUUAGACUCAAAACUUAUUGGAGUCAGACACUGUGCCUGUCUUCCUCCCCACUGACUUCUUUAGUACAUCACAACGGUGACUGACAAACUGUCAUCCAACAGGGAGUGACAGGAAAACAUUAAUUCUGAGACGGGGAUCUUGGAAUGGCCUUUAAUUUUGCAAAGACUGAUAAACAGAAGCAUGACCCUUAACCAGGAACAAACAGAUGGUCGACAGACAUAAAUUGAAAAGAAUGAUAAUUGUAGGAAAUAAUUACCAACCGUGUACCAAGCCUUGUGCUGAGUACCUCAUGAUCAUUCACUCAUUUAAUUCUCCAGAAAACUCCAUGAAGCAGGCAUUCCCAUUGUCCCCAUUUGACAGAUGGGUAAACCAAGGCAUGGGGAGUCACUAACUUAGAAGUGCCAGGGCUCAGAUCUGAACUCCUAUUGUCUUGCUCUGAAGUCUAUGAUUCUACCCACUCUACUGCCUUCCAAGAUGAAUUUUCCAAAGGGAAUGGUCAGGGGCAUGGAGUGUUGUGAAGCUAUGACUUCAAGCAAUGUUUUUCCUGCUUUGCUACAUGGUGUCCGGCUGCUGACCCAGGACCCCUGGGAAGAGAGGCACAAAGAGGAACUGGAGAAAUGUAGAUAUGCAUGCUGAAAAACAGCUCUAUUGGGCUGAGUGACUCUCAACUGAAGGAGCCGGAUUGGCCACUGGAGCAGAAGCAAAUGUGGCCCCUAGUCACCUUUUCUGAAGCAGGUCCUAGCAGCAGGCUGCUUUGCAGAGCUUCUAGAUAAGGUGGACAAAGUCAUUCUUUUCUCCUGAACUACUUAGAGGUCAUCCAACAGCUAAAGCUACCCAAGGCUACUAUUGCCUCAUCAAAAUCAGUGGUCCAUGGACAGAAAGGAAACAGUCUAAUGUGCAACCUUCUGUGUGUAGGAAGUUGGGGCGGAGCAAACUGGAGGAAAGGUUCGGGCAAGCCUGACAAAAGCCUGACGGUUAAGCAGCCCCGAUGAUAAGAGAUUAGUGCAGAGCGUCUGACAUUGGCUCCAUCUCAGUGGCUUAGGGCUUCUGCUUGGGCUUCUGGCCACAGGGAAGCAGCCCUGAAAACAUGGUCUUUUUCUCCAGACUAGAUCUGCAGGAGGGCCUCCGAACACUCUCCGUUUUACAGUGGGUUCCACUCUAUGUCAUUUUAGGAGCUAUUCCCAUCUUGGGUAUACCCUAUUUCCUGCUGUUCAGUAGCUUAUGGCCCUUAUCUGUGCUCUCCUUAGCCUGGCUUCUCUAUGACUGGAACACCCACAGUCGAGAUGGUAGGCGUUCAGCUUGGGUACGAAACUGGACCCUCUGGAAGUAUUUCCAAAGCUACUUCCCAAUAAAGCUGGUGAAGACCCAUGACCUUUCUCCCAAGCACAACUACAUCGUUGUCAACCACCCCCAUGGCGUUCUCUCUUUUGGUGCCUUCAUCAACUUUGGUACUGAGGCCACUGGCUUUUCCAGGAUUUUCCCAUCUAUCACUCCGUUUUUAGCAACCUUGGAAGGGAUCUUCUGGAUCCCUAUUGUGCGGGAGUAUGUAAUGUCCAUGGGUAUAUGUCCGGUGAGUGAGUUGGCCCUGAAGCACAAGCUGAUGCAGAGAGGCUCAGGCAAUGCUGUGAUCAUUGUGGUGGGUGGAGCUUCUGAAGCCCUCUUGUGCCGCCCAGGAGUCUCCACAAUCUACCUCAAAAAUCAUAAAGGUUUUGUGAAGCUAGCACUGAAGACAGGGGCAUACAUUGUCCCUUCUUACACCUUUGGUGAGAAUGAGGUUUACAACCAAGAGACCUUCCCUGAAGGCACAUGGCUAAGGUUCUUCCAAAAAAACUUCCAGAAAAUUGGCAAAAAAAUCCUAGGCAUAAAUUUCUGUACUUUCCAUGGCAGGGGCUUCACUCGGGGAUCCUGGGGCUUCUUGCCUUUCAAUCAUCCAAUUACCACCGUUGUUGGUGAACCCCUGCCAGUCCCCAAGAUCCAUGAUCCUGACAAGGAGACGGUGGCAAAGUACAUGGAACUUUACAUCAGUGCCCUGCGCAAGCUGUUUGACCAACACAAAGCUGAAUAUGGCUUCUCGGAGACCCAGGAGCUGACAAUUAUAUAACACAAGUCAGAAUCUCUGUACUACUGUGGGAUAUCAUUUUCUAUGCUGUGAAUAUGUGUUGCUCUGAUUGAUAAAUAAAACGCUGAUUGGCCAGUA